AUGACCGAAGUUGUUGGCUCUCACACCGCAUCUAUCCAAAAGUUAGAGAUGCAAAUGAGAGACCUUUCAAGAGAGCAAAACCCAAAGCAAAAAGGACAACUUCCUAGUGAUACCAUUGCAAACCGGAAGAGUGGUGGAAGUGGAUCAACUUCUCACGUCAUGACAAUAACUACUAGAAGUGGGAAGGUUUUACAAUGUGACAUUGAGCAAGAGGUUGUUGGGGAAGAAGCCGAACAAGAAUUUGAAGUAGAAGAGCAAGGGGUUGUUGAAGUUAAAAGGGUGCCGAAAAAAGAGAAGGUGCAAGAAGUGAACCAAGAAGGGGUGAAGGAAAAUGAGAAGGAGACAUCAAAAGCUCCACCUCCUAUUCCUAGACCUCCUCCGCGUUUUCCUCAAAGACUUAUUAGAAGGGUUGAUGAUAGCAAGCUUGAGAAAUUCUAUGAUAUUCUAAAGCAAUUGUCAGUGAACAUUCCAUUCUUGGAGGAUUUUCAAGAAAUGUCGGGGUUUGCCAAAUAUUUGAAGGAUUUGAUCACCAAAAAGAGGACCACAAAAAAUGAGGUGAUUAACCUUGCAAAAGCCCUUUGUGACAAUGGGGCUAGUAUCAACUUGAUGCCACUUGCCAUCUACAAGCAAGCGGGAUUAGGGAUGCCGAGGCCAACAAGCAUGAGGUUACAAAUGGCCGAUCGAUCUAUUAAGCGACCGGUAGGAAUUGUUGAUGAUGUGAUUGUGAAAGUAGGAAAAUUCCAUUUGCCCGCCGACUUUGUAAUUCUUGACUGUGUUGUUGAUAAAGAGAUCCCUAUAAUCUUGGGGAGACCAUUCCUAGACACGGGAAGAGCACUCACGGAUUCGGAGCGAAAUGAAAUUAAGCUCCGGGUGAAUGAUGAAGAAGUCACAUUUCAAGCGAGCAAGGGUAUGAAAUUACCCCAUGAGUCUGAGAGCAUUUCAGUGAUAGAUGUGGUUGAUGAGGUUGAAGAUGCCGUCUAA